AUGGGUGUCAGCAAGGCCUUCAAGUCAUACACCGAGCUUCCCGCUUGCCAGAAGACAAUGUUCCGCUCGAAGACAGUCAUCCCAGAUGGAGACACCAUUGAUCUGGCUGUCCUCCGCCUACAUCCAGCAUUCGGAAUGCUCUCUUACGAAUGUGCUAGCGGCAUUGAGGACGUAUAUCUCUACGACAGCAACGGCGAUUGGAUGCCUCUCACCGAAACAAGUACUGCCGAAGAAUACGCUACCGACCCUCCUGUCGCUUUCAUGCGCCUCCAGAUCUUCUCCUCGACCUCUGUCCAAGUCACAAACAAGACUGGUAUCACUGUUGUCCAAGUCAUGAAGGCUCUCUGCCGCUUCUUCACCAAGAACGACAGUUUCGACGUUACCGGCGGCCGCACAGGAUGGCAGGAGUGGGACGGAACCAAGCUCGACAGGAAAGGUCGUCUCCUUCUACGUGCUACAGGUUUUGAUUCCUGA